CAAACCCUAAAUCGUUAUUCUAAAUUCAUAUUUGUAACGCGGCUGCUAUUUCUGCAACUCCAACACUGUUGCUCUCAACCUCAUUCAAUUUGCAAUGGCAUCAGAGAAGAAGCUUUCAAACCCAAUGAGGGAGAUUAAAGUUCAGAAACUUGUCCUCAACAUCUCCGUCGGUGAGAGUGGCGAUCGUCUUACGCGCGCCGCCAAGGUCUUGGAACAACUCAGUGGUCAAACCCCAGUAUUCUCCAAGGCUAGAUACACUGUGAGAUCUUUUGGAAUAAGGCGUAAUGAAAAGAUUGCUUGCUAUGUGACUGUGAGGGGGGAGAAAGCUAUGCAGCUUCUUGAGAGCGGUUUAAAGGUUAAGGAAUAUGAGCUUUUGAGGAGGAACUUCAGUGAUACUGGCUGCUUUGGAUUCGGUAUCCAAGAACACAUUGAUCUUGGUAUCAAGUAUGAUCCUUCAACUGGUAUCUAUGGUAUGGACUUCUAUGUUGUUCUCGAACGAGCUGGAUACCGUGUGGGUCGUCGUCGUAGGUGCAAGUCGCGUGUCGGUAUUCAGCACAGAGUUACCAAGGAGGAUGCUAUGAAGUGGUUCCAGGUCAAAUACGAAGGUGUGAUCCUUAACAAGUCUCAAAAUAUCAGUUAAAGGAGCUUAGUUGUUUCGAGUUUUUGGUGCUUGAUUUUGGUUUAAGUUUGUGUGUCGGAUAUAGUUCGCCUGAAGAGAUUUAUAAUAUUUCUGUUGUUUUAAAUACUGAAACAUUAGAUGAUACUUUGUUGAAUCGUUUUUCAAUUUAAAUGGUGAAUUUUUAAUCUAU